GUUGGAAGUAACCUCUUUAUCCGAUAAAAGUAUGCGAAAUCCAUGAAAGACAAUGGAAACUGAACAACCAGUGACUUGUCUUCAGUCAGAAUGACUGGUAAAUGCACCGAUUUAAAAUCAGAAUCGGAAUUAAGUGUAAGAGGGACGGAAAUUACUAACGAGUUUUUAAGCGUUGCUAGUGGAAGUGAUGAUUUUGAAUCAUUCGCAGCGUCUACAUUUACAGGGGAUCGUGAUAACACUGUUCAAGAUGUGUGUGCUAUUUGUUAUGGUAAUCCUCAAAGAAUGAUUUCAUUUGCAACACAUUUUUGCAAGCAAUGUGGUCUUCUUGGACGUUUCAUGUGUGAAAAAUGUUUACAUUACCAUAACAAGUUUACAGAGCAUACAUACGUAAGGUCAUUGAAAGUUGCUGAAGCAAAAGCCAAAAGCCUAAGAAAUGACGACGGUAAACUCAAGGGGCACCUGUGUACUAGUACUUUAGAAAAAGACAUGGAUAACUUUGUAGAUAAUUAUACGCUGACUGACAAAUGUACAGAAUCGACUGACAUCGCAAAUAAACACAGGGAAUUACAGAAAGAAGUUAUGGACUUGAAGAAAUACAUAAAGGAAUUAGAAAAGCGUCUUCAAAGAACAAAUAUAGAAUCAAAGAAGAUGAGCUUCAAGCUUCAGGCAAGUUAUGUAUUUUUUCACAUUCAUGCUCAUUGUAAGACAUUUGUUUGAUUUAUACGAAGCAAAUGAACUUCAAGAAAUCAUGGAGAUGCGAUUAGAAAAACACGGUUUAAAUAAUGUGACUAAGUGAUUUCGAAUUACUAGAGUCUAUACAUCUCUAAGCACCAGCAGGUUGAGUGGUUGUGGACCCUGGUGUUACUUUGAGUUUGUAACACUCGAUGUUAACAAACACAUCUUUAUUGUUAUGAUCUGAGCUAAAUUGUGUUCGUGCGGGGUAAAACCAACAAAACAAAUAGGUUCGCUAAUGUUUUGCAAACAACAAUAAUAUCAGAGUAAGUGUUCGUUGAAAGAUAUAUAAGAAGCCACGGAUAUAAAUGUUUCAUUUUGAAAAAAAUACUCCAUUUUAAAUUAAAGGCAAACAAAUGACAAAGAUGAAUCUUAAUUGUAUGUAAAGAUUUUUUCCAUUGUACGCUAUAAACAUAAUUUCAUAUCCUUUACAGUUGACAGAAGGAAAUUAGAAGCCUAAAGAAAGGACUAGGAACAAGUCGUGGAUUUCAUGAAAGUUAUAGGGAAUAUACAGUAUACACGAAAUCGAAAGUUUGAGUUAUUUUAUAUAUUUCAUCUCUGAUGAAUAAGUUUAUCUGACGCAUAUACAAUUCCAAAGAUAUACAUUCAUUUUGGCAGUUUUCUUAAAACUAGAAAUGCUUUUUUAUACAGAAACUUUAAUAAAUCAUUUCUUUCCAAUAAAUCGGUAUCAACGAUAGGAGUGCGUUCUUAUAUAUCACCUUACAGGAUAUUUGAUACCACUUAAUGGUUUAACGAUUUUUAGCUUUGAUCAGUUUAGUUAUAAAGAAACGUUUAAAAGUCAAAACGUAAAAUUGGAGGAAAAGAAUAUACUGUAUAGAAAUGAUUUACUUUUUCAAGAUUUUCUCUGUUAUUUUAUUCAUUUUCGUGUAUGUUUUAAUAACAUAAAAUCGUUUACUUUUUACAAUUCAAUGUAGGUGAUCACGUGGGAUUUGUUUAAGGUAACAUCACCGCUAAAGGCUGUGCCCAC